AUGUACGGCCACGAAGUUACGCCGCUGAAUGGCUGUCGUUGCUUCAACUGCCGAAGCGCCCCACAACACUUCGACGAAUUUCCCACUAUCUCUUUGUUCCGAGGAAAAAUACCUGCCAUGCUCUCGAGCCUUCUCGCCUUGACUGCUCUGCUUCCCAGCGCACUCGCCCAUGGCGGUGUCCUGUCGUACAAUAUCGGCGGCACGACAUAUCAGGGCUGGUCUCCCUACAACACUCCGACCGGCCAGACGACCAUUCAACGUCCAUGGGCCACCUACAACCCGAUUCUGAGUGCUACCGACCCUACGCUCGCGUGUAACGACGACGGGACAGCUGGAGCAUUGCAACUCACGGCUGCUGCGGUCCCCGCUGGCACCAAGGUCAUCGCAUACUGGAAUCAAGUAUGGCCCCAUCCAUACGGACCCAUGUUGACCUAUCUCGCCCAAUGCCCAUCGAGUGGCUGCACAGGUGUCAACGCCUCGACCCUGAAAUGGUUCAAGAUUGACCAGUCCGGUCUAAUCAAUGGCACCGUCUUCAACGGCUACUGGGGUAGCGGCAAGAUGAUUGACCAAAACUCGAGCUGGACAACGACAAUCCCAUCCACAGUCCCUGCCGGCAACUACAUGAUCCGCUUCGAGACCAUUGCCCUCCACUCCCUCCCAGCGCAGUUCUACCCUGAAUGCGCUCAGAUCGUUAUUACCGGAAGCGGAAGCCUCGCCCCUACUGCCGCUCAGCUCGUGACAUUCCCUGGCGGAUAUAGCAACUCCGACCCUGGUCUGACUAUCGACAUUUACUCGAACGCAGCCCAGAGUCAAACGACUUACCCCAUGCCUGGUCCUCCUCUAUACGGCUCUUCUUCAUCUGGCACCACCGUCGGAGGCGGCACGACCACCAAGGUCAGCAGCACGACCGUCAAGGGCAGCAGUACGAGCUCGGCAGUUUCUCCUCCUCCAUCGAGCGGAACCGUGGCUCAGUAUGGACAGUGUGGAGGCAGUGGUUACACUGGCCCUACUGGCUGUGUCUCGCCGUACAAAUGCACGGUCGUCAACACUUACUAUUCGCAAUGCCUUUAA